AUGGCUGUGGCGCAAGCUGCCCACGUUUGCUGCUUGUGUGCCCGGAAGUUUGCAGAUGCUGCAGCCCUCACGGCUCACGAACAAUACUCGCAGCUCCACAAGCAGAACUUGGACCUGCAGGAUGAUGUCAUUCGGCAGCACAAGGAGGAGCUCAUCAGCAGCAUCAAUCGCCUCAGGCAGCAACUGCUGGAAGCCAUGUCGUCUUCGAAUCCGGUGGCAAAAAGCCGCGCCGGGUCGCUCGAGACCCAGCUGCGCCAGCAGCUGGGCGAGUUUGGCCAGGCGCAGGAGGCGAUCGAGUACCGCCGGGGCGUCACGGGUGCGGACCCUGCCAAGCUGGCUCGGGGCUCGCAGGGUCUGCGGCCGCUGCGGCAGGAGAUGCGCUGCGGCCGACUGCUGCUGGAAGCAGGUGCUGCCUGCUGGCAGGGGGGCAAAGAAACCAACGAGGAUCGCUUCGUGCUGGACAUCGAGCUUCUGGCAGCAGAUGGUGCUCGAGUCCCUGGAGUAAUGGUCCUUGAUGGGCAUUCCGGCUCCCGAUGUGUGGAACAUCUUGCAGAGAGGCUGCCUGGGGCGCUGCAGGCGCGGCUGGCCCUUCGGCCCGGGCUCACAGAUGAGGCGCUGCGGGACGCGGUCCUCGAGGCCUGCGCGCUGGUGGAUGAAGAGUUCCUGUCCUGGGCACGGCAGCAGGAGGCGAUGGACGGGUCCACGCUUUUGUUGGCGCUGUUUUAUGAGACAGACGCCCAGCCCAACCGAACCAGGAUCCUGGUGGCCAACGUCGGCGACUCCAGGGCCGUGCUUUGCCGCGGGUCUGAGGCUGGGCCACUGCAGGUCUUCCGCCUCUCAGAGGACCACAAGCCGAACCGUGAGGACGAGCAGCAGCGCAUCGAAGCACUGGGAGGCAUGGUGGAGAUGCAUGGCGUGUGGCGGGUCUUCUGCCCCGAGCGGGUCUUCUUCGGAGGCCGCGACAUCCCACGCUGGGGCCUAGCCGUGUCCCGGUCCUUUGGGGAUCUCCUGCUCAAGGAGCCCCAGAGGUAUGGAUGCACCAAGGUGCUGGGGAACCUGGUGACUGCGCAGCCGGAGCUUCGGCUGGCAGAGCUGGACCCAGCGGACCGAUUUCUGGUGCUCGCCUGUGAUGGGAUCUGGGACGUGCUCCAGGACCAGGAUGCCGCGGCGGUCUGCGCCGGGCAGGCGGGCGUGGAGCUGGCGGCGCACAACUUGGUGAAGAAUGCCUUUGCGGCAGCGUCUGGGGACAACCUCACAGCUGCUUUGGUUUCGCUGCUAUUUUCCUACGGCUUCAUUGCCGUGAGCUUAUUCAUUCAGCGUGAGGAUCGAGAGGUGCGCAGGACAAGGCGGUUUGGUUCCGACCGGGGCCAUUUCGCUUCUUCACCGGACGGCCGUGAGCUGGACUUCGCCGCCUCUUGGCUGAACCGCGAAAGCAAGUACGUCAGCAAGGGCAGGAUCACUGCGCUGUCCGAGGGGUACUUUGUGGAAAACCACUUAGGAGAUGGCGACUUUCUGAGCUUCUAUGAGCCGGACGAAGUCCUGAGCUCCAAGCACGGCGACUUUGGUCGCUUUAUCGUGGCACGGCACCUGGUCACCAGGAGAACAGCAGCGGUCCAGCCGCUGGGGAAGGCCUUGGUUGGGAGGGCUGACUUGGAGGCCCAGAUUGCCAUUCUCAGGACCCUUCCCCAUCCCAACAUCGCAGCUCUGAAAGAGGUGUGUGAGGACGCGGCUUCCUACUACCUGGUCUUUGACCUGUACACCGGAGGCAGCCUGCUGGAGGCCAUGCAGGCCCGCUGUCGGGAGUCCAAAGACCUGAUCCCAGCAGCCACCUGCGCCUUUUUGCAGAUCCUCCGCGCCGUGGAGUACAUGCACAACGUGGGGGUGUGCCACCGCUCGCUGAGCCCCGAUCUGGUGUUCCUGCAGACGCAGGAGGAGGACCUGCAGAAGUGGAAGGUGGUCAUCACCGACUUCAGCACCGCUCGCCGCUUCACGGAGGGUCAGCCUUUGACGGAGCUCUUGGCGGCCAACGACUUCUCAGGUCCCGAGAUUGUCGAGCAGACGAGUCACACGCAGGCGUGUGACAUCUACGCGUGCGGCGCCAUCUUUUGCGCCCUGGUCUUCGGGUCAUCCCGCUUGGAGUCUGCCACCUGGUACGGUCUGAAGAGCGCCCGGGUGUUGGUCUUCAGGAUGAUGGGUCCGCCAGCGGACCGCCCCAGCGCAGCUGAUUGCGUCGCGGAUCACUUCUUCAAACCAGAGGAGCCUGCGGAGGGGGAGGAGGCCCCAGCCCCGAACAUUGAGAUCUCCACCCGCUGCUUGGAGAACAUGCAGAGGUUCUGCAAAGCCGACAAGCUGAAGAAGCUGGCCAUCCACAUGGCCGCCUCCCACUUGAGUGGGCCAGAAGUCGAGAAGAUGAGGGAGAUGUUUGAGUUAGUGGACACAGACCACAGCGGAACCGUGUGCGUGGCGGAGCUUAAGAAUGCCAUGCAGCAAACGCUGGAAACGGGCGGCUACCGAGCGCGUGCAGCAGUCCCCCAGGACAUUGCGAGGCUCAUGGAAAUUCUGGAUGUGGAUGGCAGCGCCACUAUUUCUUAUCCGGAGUUCAUCGCUGCCAUGAUGGACCGCAAGCACUACACCACGGACUCCGCGUGCUUGGUGGUCUUCCGCAUCUUCGACAUCAACGGGGACGGCCGCAUCAACCGACAGGAGCUCUACAAAUCGCUGAAGUCGGAGGCCUUCCAGGAGCUGGAUCUGAAGAACUUCCCCGGAAUCGAGGAGGUGCUGGGCAAUAGCGACAAGGAUGGGGAUGGCACAAUCGACUUCGAAGAGUUCAAGGCCAUGAUGAAGGACUCCGCGAGCUCCGACAUCAAGUUGCUGGGUCAGGUCCGGGACGCUGGGAAGAAGGCCCGGGAGGGACAGCCCUUGGAAUGGGGCCAUGGUGCUGGAAGCUGUAGCAGUAUGCUGACAUAUCCUGGCCCCUUCCUGGAGACCGCGGAGGAAUGUUUCGCAGAUGUGGCUGAGUUGAGCUUCGCGCACGUUGCUUCUGUCUUCGACUCCUCUCCACUGCCCGCCUGGCUGGAAGGUAGAAAAGUGGGCCGCUGGCAGACGGUUGUGCUGGAAAUGGUGCGCCCGUCCCGACGCGCAGAGGACAGGACUGACAUGUGCGGCGCCAGCGGUGCGCAGCCGGUGGAGGACACAAUAGCAGCCGUAGGGCUCCUCACAAUUGGGGGCUGCUUCUUGUGCCUGGCCUGUCAGAUGAGCGCCUGGAUGGAGACAGCUGUGCAGUGCAUCCAGUGGUCCUGCAAAUGCAUCCUGGAGACGCCCAGCUUGUACCUGCUACCGCCCGUGACGCUGAGCGCCAGAGGCUUGCUGGUAGCUGGGCACAUCUAUGUGGGAGCGAUGCUGUCCUCAGCAGGCAUCUCCAAGUACAAGUGGAUCGUCUCAUACAGUGCGGACAGCACUUGGGCCUCAGCGAUGUUAGAGCUUUCCCCUGUGCAGUGGGCGUGCUUCUUCGGCACCAUCUUCAUGGGGAUUUGGGCCCAAGGCAUAGUCACUGCCUGGACCAUCUUCGUCACAGACUACACCAGCCAGAUGUGGUACUUCUCCGGCGGCAUGAGCAACAAAGGGUCAGCUCCGAUGCUGUCUGUGGCCAGGGCUGGCUGGCUUGGCAUCCGCUACCAUGCAGGCAGCAUGAUCGGCGGGGGCUUGAAGCUGAUGAUCGCUUUGCCCUGGAGGAUCAGCCUGGGAUGGCUUGAAGAGACCACCAAGAACCAGUACAACCCCGUGGGCGCCAUUCUGGGCGGGUGCUGUGACUGCUUCCUGCAUUUCUACAGGAGGUUUUUCCACGUCAUGAGUAGGCAUGCCUUCCUUGAUGUCAGCCUGCAAGCGAGCCCCUUCGAUGAGGCCGCCAGGCACGCGCUCAGCGUCCUAGAGUCAGAGUCCUCCGCGGUGUCCGUGCUCAACGGCGCAACCUGGACGUUCCAGAUCGUGGGGCUAGGUACCAUAGCGAGCAUCGGCCACCUGGUCACAACCUUUGAGAUUCAGAGCCGGCCGGAGCUGCACAGCAUCCAAAGUCCGAACUACGUUCAGCAGCCGGAGCUGCUGUGCAUGGCAGGGGCGGUGCUGGCCUUUGCCGUGGCCUUCCCCUUCAUGAUGAUGUUCGAUGUGGUGUCCGAUUCCAUCCUCUUCUGCCGCUCGGUGCAGAAGAUGAGGCCCCGCCUGCAAAGCGCUUGA